UCUAUACGUCCACACUUUACAUAUUAAUCUCUCUCUCUCUCUCUCUCACUAUAAUCUUGUUUGCAAGAAAUUUUUCUCUCUCUUCAUUCAUUGUCAUGAGUUUGAAUUGAAACACGCUCUGCUUUCAUUCUCAGAGAACAUGGCAGCCACUUCCCUCUUCCCCUCCUCCCUCAUUCUCCUCAUUCUGGGCCAAGCCCGAGCUCAGACCCGGCCCCCCGCCCAACCCCAAGCCCCACCACCUGCCUCCGACGCUUGCAACGGGAUAUUCCUCUCCUACUCCUACUCCACCGGAAGAAGAGUACCCCCGAUACUCAAGUCGGAUCCCACCCGCCAGGCUUAUCGAUUCGAGUCCGCAUUCUCCAUACUCAACAACGAUUUGGAAGACCUCAAGUCUUGGCGAGUGUUCGUUGGGUUUCAGCACGAUGAGUACUUGGUGUCUGCCUCUAACGCCGUGCUUGCUGAUGGGAAUUCUAUUCCAGGGAGUGUAGUGAACGGGACGGUUUUUGCAGGAUUCCCCAAUCCGGAUCUGAAAACGGCUAUUGAGACGGCCGGGGACUUGACCCAGAUGAGUGCUCGGGUGGAAUUGGUGGGAACCCAGUUCGGAGUCGCCCCACCUGAUGCGCCUAUGCCGACGAAUAUUUCUUUGGUGAAUGAUGGGUGGGUUUGCCCCAAACCCACUAUGCAAGGGAAUAGAACAUUGCAAGUAUGCUGCACGAGAGACCCCAAGUUCAAGUCCAAUGUUACGAUAGAUGGAGAAUUUUUACCGCGUCAAAAUGGUGAUCUCACCAUCAUCUAUGAUGUGACGAGAACGUACGAGUCCAGUUACUGGGCGCAGGUUAUGAUUGAAAACCACAACCCCCUUGGCCGCCUCGACAACUGGCAGCUAAGCUGGGAUUGGAUGGAAGACGAGUUUAUAUUCGCCAUGAAGGGAGCCUACCCCUCUGUGGUGGAUACAUCAGAUUGUGUUUUUGGCAAACAAGGACAGUUUUACAAGGAUCUUGACUUCUCCAACGCCUUGAAUUGUGAUAGAAGGCCAACCAUAGUUGACCUCCCUCUAGAAAAGACCAACGACACAACCCUGGGAAUGAUACCGUUUUGCUGUAGGAACGGGACUAUCUUGCCACCUGCAAUGGACCCAAGCAAGUCAAAAUCAGCAUUCCAGCUCAAUGUUUUCAAGAUGCCACCUAAUCUCAACCGUUCCUAUCUUAUUCCACCACAGAAUUGGGGAAUCAAAGGCAGACUCAACCCGGAUUAUAAAUGUGGGCCGCCUGUUCGAGUAAGUCCCAGCCAAUUCCCUGAUCCAAGUGGCUUGUUGCCUGACUCAGCUGCAAUGGCAAGCUGGCAAGUAGUUUGCAAUAUCACACAAGCAAAGGGAUCCAGCCCCCGAUGCUGUGUGUCGUUUUCUGCUUACUAUAAUGAGUCCAUCAUCCCAUGUCAAACCUGUGCUUGUGGUUGUCCUGCGAACACUGAUCGAACAUGUAGCAGUACUGCCCCAGCCCUCCUCCUUCCAUCUCAGGCUCUCCUGGUCCCGUUUGAUAAUCGUAGUAUGUUGGCCCGAGCGUGGGCUGAUCUUCAUCAUUUUCCUGUGCCAAACCCUCUGCCGUGUAGUGAUAAUUGUGGUGUUAGCUUGAACUGGCAUUUGUUCACCGACUUCAGAGGUGGAUGGUCUGCUAGAAUCACAAUCUUCAACUGGGACGAUUUUGCUUUUGCUGAUUGGUUUACUGCAGUGGAGUUGGACAAAGCGGCUCCUGGUUUUGAAGCAGUCUACUCUUUCAAUGGAACCACACUAGAAGGCGUCAACAACACGAUCUUCAUGCAGGGUCUUCCAGGAUUGAACUAUCUGGUGGCUGAAACGGACGCGGCUAAUCCCCAGAAGGAUCCCAGAGUCCCUGGAAAACAGCAGUCUGUGAUCUCAUUCACGAAAAAGUUGACACCAGGAAUUAACAUCCCGGCUGGCGAUGGAUUUCCAUCAAAAGUGUACUUCAACGGGGAGGAGUGCUCACUACCCAAACUACUCCCAACAAGCAAUUCCGACAGAUUGGGCUCAUCUGUUUUCUUGUCAUUCGUUCUGCUCGUUUUUCUUUUCAUGUUCAUGCAGCAAUAGUUAGCGGAGGGAGCAGGUACGAUCCGGUACAUGGCUGGUUAUUGGUUCAUUCUUUUGGUUAUUUGAUCAAGAUCGUUGUUCCUCUCUGAGGAACAUUUUAACUGAGAAGUCUGGGAAGUACUUUUGGUACUUAACUGGGGCUAUUUGUUGUUUUAGAAGAAUAUCUGAAGUUGGCAUUGUAAUAUACAUAUAGUUUAGUUUCGCAUACUGUUUGAUAUUUUGUAAACAUCAUGAAGUAAAGUUUUCCGGGUUUGAUUGAUUAA